UCUGCAAUUGCAAUGACCAAGAUACCUAUAAAUAACUUGAAGCAGCAGCUCGAAUGGCUACGUACAAGUCGCGGGAUAGGGAGCAAAGAGAGUAAUGUUCAAACCGUGCCGAAGAGCUGCGAACGGUCCACGGCAACAUUUACCCGUCCAGCAGUCCCACAGUUUCGUCCCGCCAAUUUCAAACCGUUUACCGGUGAUCAGCACAGAGAAAAUGAGUUACCGAAUUGGAGCGAAGGUCGUCUUGCGGAAACGUCAAGCGGCGGGCUUGCAAGGCCCAUGGGCAUGGAGGGCACGGUAAAGCAGGGAACUGCCCUGGUUGCCAGAGACAACAAUUUGGAUGUAAGCCGCGAAACCAGUGCUGUAACAGUACGAGAAGAAAACCACUGGCGGAUAACCAAGCGAAAGUCGGACACGUUCACCGCGGAACCAGAUACGAAUGGUAUUGCUCCGAUUACUGAUAACGAGCUUGCUCUUCCUCAACCGUGCGAUCCGACGCGAAAGCGACCGAAAAUUGAGAUCCGCGUGCCAGAACUGGAUCUAGGUUACUUGGAAGCUGACUCGACCCUUGAACAGUUUGAUGCCUUCUUCGAUGAUGAUUUGAUGAACGCUUUGGAGGAUGACUACGAUUCUCCGCCUCUCAUUUCGAACGCGAGCGAAUUGCCAAGUUGUGAUGCAGACACAACCUUGUGGAUCGGACCAGCUUCUGGGACUUGUUUGAAACCAAUUUCGAUUGGUAGAUCGCCAGACAGAGCCUUGGCAUCACUCUCAGAGAGUGAGUUGAAAGUAAAACGAGAUAGUCUGCUGGAACAAAAAAGAAUAAUAUCCGAUGAGCUCUGCGACUUGAUGGCCAUGUCAGAUACUGGCACAUCCAUUCAAACACGUAUACGUGCAUUGCAGCAAGAGCGCAUGGAAAAGGCCAAGGCACUGGAAAGCAUUGAUGAAGCCCUUCGCAUAAAGAGGUUUCCAACUGUGACAUCCUCCAGCGAGCCGCAUCCUUCAUUACGAAAUGGCGGAAAUGAAAAUUGUGAUAUAAACAACAGAGCGGUCUUCUCAGAGGACGUAUUAUCAGCGGUGGAAACGCCUGUUCCAGUGCGUCCGCAUAGGAUCAGCACAUGGUCGGCGCCUCCUCCGCAAAACAGCUUACCAUCAGCUAUCCAUCAGCAAAGCCCCAGCCUAAAGAACACAAGGGUUGAUACCCCUGCCUCUUUCCAGGCUCCCUUCGCAAGCACCGAUUCUACGACUCCCUCGGGUGGAACACCUAAACCCAAGCCGAAAUCAAAUUGUAGUCAGUCUGGAUCUCCUUCCGUCACCUCCGGGGCGGACUCCAUAUACUGCAGACCCGAGUACCAACAUCCAUGGUCAAGAGAUGUCCGGAAGGCUUUACUUCAAAUCUUCAAGCUGAAGGAAUUCCGGCAAAAUCAGCUUGAAGCGAUCAAUGCAACCCUUUCGGGAAAGGACUGCUUUGUUCUAAUGCCCACCGGGGGUGGAAAAAGUCUCUGUUAUCAGCUACCUGCAUGUGUGCCAAGUGGCGUAACUAACGGGAUUACGCUAGUUGUUUCGCCUCUUCUAUCCCUGAUUCACGAUCAAGUCAGCCGUUUGGUCAGCCUGGGUGUUCAUACCAUUUCAUUGACGGGAAGUCAGACUGCUGAGCAGCGAAAUUGGGCAUUCUCCGAGAUAUACAGCGCAACGCCGAGAACCAAGCUCAUUUACGUCACGCCAGAGAUGAUCAUGAAUAGUCCCAAGUUCCAGGAUGCGCUACGUAGUUUGCAUUCCAGAAAGAAAUUGGCUAGAUUCGUGAUUGAUGAAGCACAUUGCGUAAGUCAAUGGGGUCACGAUUUUCGGCCCGACUACAAGCAACUGGGUAGUUUGAGGACGAAAUACCCUGGAAUUCCGAUAAUGGCGUUAACCGCUACUGCCAAUGAGAAGGUCAAGAUGGAUAUUAUGGAUUGUCUCGAAAUGAGACAAUGCGAAAAAUUUGUGUCAAGUUUCAACAGACCGAACCUCAGAUAUGAAGUCAGAAAGAAAGAGAAGUCUGUCAUUGACGACAUAGUGGCACUGAUUGAAACACAUUAUCCGCGGGAAUCUGGUAUCAUUUAUUGCGGAUCUCGCCGUGCAUGCGAGGAAUUGACCGAUAAGCUGAAGCGUAAGGGAUUACCCAUUGGUUUUUACCAUGCCGGAUUGGAUAAGGAUGAUAGGAUUCGGAUACAGAAGGAAUGGGCGGAAGGCUUCAUUGACAUCAUUGUCGCAACUGUUGCUUUUGGGAUGGGAAUUGACAAAGCGGAUGUGAGGUUUGUCAUCCAUUACAGUUUACCGCAGAGUUUAGAAGGGUACUAUCAGGAAACCGGUCGAGCUGGGCGAGACGGGAAGGAGUCUAUGUGCAUAUUAUACUAUUGUUACAGAGAUAAACACACGAUCGAACAUUUGAUCGAAAGGGGGGAAGGAAGCGCAUUGCAGAAGGAGAGGCAAAGAAACAAUCUGAGACUGAUGAUAUCGUAUUGCGAGAAUAAGAUCGAUUGCCGUAGACAACAUGUAUUAGCGUACUUUGGGGAGAGAUUCGACAAGGCAAACUGCCAUCGGACUUGUGAUAACUGUCGGAUAAACGUGAAGUCAAUAACCAAAGAUGUCCGAGAAGAUGUUAAAAAUAUUAUAGAGUUGGUCUGGUCAAUUCAAAACGAGAAAAUUACCAUUAACCAUUGUAUGGAUGUCUAUCGUGGGAUGAAACAUGCGAAAAUCUUGGAGCGUCAGCACGAUAGGCUGCCCAUGUAUGGGAAAGGCAGUUCUUAUAAGAAGCAGGAAAUGGAACGACUUUUCCAUAUGCUUGUGAUCCAACAAAUCCUUACAGAGCAUUUAGAGACAAAUGGACAGGGAUUCACUUUGGCCUACGCAAGAGUAGGAAAAAAUGCUUCCAAGUUCCGCUCAGGAACGCAGGCAAUUCACUUUAUUUCGACUGAAGACGAGGGACCCAGUGAGCCUUCUCCCUUGUCCAAGGCAGGAUCGCGCAAAAAGAAAUCCAAAAGUGAAUCCGCACCAGAUCCUCAUCAGCAAUGUCUAGAAGAGCUCAAGGCCCUCCGCGCCGAUUUAGCCGCCUCGGAGAGCUUGGAGGCAGCAGAGAUUUUUGCUGAUAGUACAUUGCAACAUAUGGCUAAAAGGUUGCCCGAAUCCAUUCGCGAUUUCCUCGACAUACCCAAGGUGAACGAUGCAAAGUGGAUGCGAUGGGGCCAGAAAUUUCUGGACAUCACACGACGCCAUCGCAUUGCCCUUUCAAAUUCCGCUGGCCAAACGACCAUAUCACCACACUUUGCCUUAACGAGAUCCAAAACAGUCACCACAUCUACCACGACGAUCACGGCGAGCGUCUCACGGUCUAGAAAGGCAAAGUCAACAAACCCAAAGGAAUCAAAGGAAAAAAGUAGCGCCGGCUCCUCUAGCCGUCUACCGUCGAUGGCUUUAAGUAAGCGAAAGUAGAAAGCGCCUCGACUCAGGGUUCGGAACAGGAUGGCUGCGGCGUAUUAAGCCGCUCUUGCUCCUCCAAAGAUUUCGACAUAUCGUUGACAGCAACAAAUACUGAUGUACAACACAAUAGUUGGACAAUACACUGCGAUAGUUUUGCUGAUUCCUGUUCAUAGUUAUGUCUUGAAAUAGAGCUUGAUGUAUCAUAUGUACCAUUUCGUGUAAUGUCUUUUAUUUAUAUUGACGAAUAGUUUAUCUGAUAGCCAUUCGA